UCCGCAUCUCCCAAAGAAGAUAGAGGUAGCGAUGAUCAAGGAAUUGCGCUCCUCAAGCAACAUCUGUUUAGCAAAUUUCAAACAAAAGACUUGGGAAAGUUGAGAUACUUCCUUGGCAUUGAGGUUGCACAGUCUCAAGAUGGAAUUGCUCUCUCACAAAGAAAGUAUGCCUUGGAUAUUCUUGAGGAAACAGGUUUGCUAGAUUGCAGGCCAGUGGAUACACCAAUGGAUCCGAACGUUAAACUCUUAUCAGAACAAGGAGAUCUUUUGCCCAACAAGGAAAAAUAUAGAAGACUCAUCGGAAAAUUGAAUUAUCUUACCAUCACGAGACCAGAUAUUUCAUUUGCGGUAAGUGUUCUUAGCCAGUUUCUUGAUAAGCCAUGUACUGGACAUUGGGAUGCAGCUAUUCGAGUUUUGAGAUACAUCAAGAAAACUCCAGGGCAAGGAUUGUUGUUUGAAGAUCGAGGUCACCGUGAUAUUGUGGGAUACUGUGAUGCAGACUGGGCCGGAUGUCCGAUGGAUAGACGUUCCACUUCGGGAUAUUGCAUCUUGAUUGGUGGAAACUUAAUUUCAUGGAAAAGUAAGAAACAGGAUGUGGUUGCCAGAUCUAGUGCUGAAGCAGAAUAUCGUGCAAUGGCCCUUGCUACCUGUGAAAUCUUAUGGUUGAAGCAUCUCCUCCAAGAGUUAAAAUAUGGAAACACAAAACCGGCUCAACUCAUGUGUGAUAAUCAAGCCGCAAUGCACAUCGCAUCAAAUCCGGUAUAUCAUGAGAGGACAAAACAUAUUGAAGUUGAUUGUCAUUUUAUCCGAGAGAAGAUCACCAGUGGACAUAUCAUCACAAAAUAUGUGAACACAACUGAACAACUUGCAGAUAUUUUAACUAAGUCUCUUAGAGGUCCUAGAGUGGAAUAUAUUUGUAACAAGCUUGGUAUAUAUGAUUUAUAUGCUCCAGCUUGAGGGGGAGUGUGGAAACCCUACUAGUAUUGGGCUUAGCCCAUUUUGUAUAUCUUGUAUAGGAAACCCUAGUACUCUAAAUAUAGCUAUAAAUAUAGCUUCUUGUAUAGGAUUUCAUAUGAAGUAUAAUGAAUACAAUCUUAUAUUUCACAGUUACCAACUAACGGAGUUAAUUAACGUAUGGUGGGCAUUCAGGCUAGGGUGGUCUGAACUGAUCAGGCUGAUAUAGGGUUAAAAAACACAUGGACAAAAGUAGGAAGGUAGGCUUGUAGGUGGUAACACCUGUAGUCCGAGCCUCCGAGGUAAUGGGAAAAUUACCAGAUGUUCAAUACAAAUUAUAGGGUUGGAGGGAAACCAGUAGGGAAAGAUUAAAUUUGCUAGUACAACCACAGUCUGGCAAGAUAACUUUUUCUUCCUAGGAAUGGCAGAACUGGAUUGUUUUCUUCACGCUAAAAGAUGUACUUAAGGCAAAUGUUGAUUCCGUACAGGUGAAGUCACAUUUUAAUGAAACGUGUUACUACCUGAGCUACGAUGAUACCAUAGGCCUUUUUCAGCCAGCCAAUCAUGUAGCAGGACUGGCAGAAUGAUCUGGCCGGGCGACCAUCUGAGCGAGUCAAACUAGGAACUUUUAGGACAGAAGAGUAGCACGCAUCAGUCAAAUAGACCUUUAGCAAAUUGAUG